AUGGCAUCACAAGGAAAGAAAUGGCCCUCCAGGGAAGGUUUCACGGCCGACGUGUUGACCGGUUUCAUUCGAAGCACCGUCCUUAAUCCCUGGAUAAUGGUCCCUCUCUUCGCAUUAGCCCAGUACAGUGGUAAAGGUCGCGCAGUUACCGAGGCACGCCCUCAUCUCCUGAAGGCGCUAAGAGUCUUCGCCUCACUGGGACUCCUCAACCGAGUUAGCGCAUGGCUUGACCACCGCAGCGCCAACAAUGGCCUCUCCGAUACCUACGACUGGAACAAGGAGAUCAUCGUCCUGACCGGUGGAAGUAACGGCAUCGGCCGUAUCGUCGCGCAGCAGCUCGGCGACCGCGGCAUCAAAGUCGCCAUCCUAGAUAUUACACCCCCUUCUCCAGCUGAGCUUCCCAAGACUGUUCGCUUCUACGAAUGCGAUAUCACCAGUCCCGAAGCCAUCACCGAGGUCGCAACACAAAUCCGUACCUCCCUCGGUCGCCCCACCAUCCUAAUCAACAAUGCUGGUAUCCUACCCGCGAAAACCAUCCUCGAGAUCUCCCCUCAACUCACCCGUCGUCUCUUCGAAAUUAAUAACAUGUCCCACUACUGGCUGACCCAGGAGUUCCUUCCGGAUAUGGUCAAAAAUAACCAUGGUAUGGUAGUCACCGUCGCCUCGCAGGCGGGAUACACUGUUGCGGCGAAUAUGGUGACAUACUGCGCUACCAAGGCGGCCACUAUCGCCUUCCAUGAGGGCCUUUCCACAGAGCUGGUCACCAGACUUAAUGCGCCAAAGGUGCGCACUGUCCUCGUUACGCAGAGCUUUACUCGCACGACUCUGAUUGAUGGCUUGACGCCGGAAGAUGGGUUCAUUGCGCCGCUGCUGUAUCCGGAGACUGUGGCGGAGAAUCUGGUCAAGCAGGUUUUGACUGGACAGAGUGGACAUGUUAAUGUGCCAGGCUCUUCGGGAUGGAUCUCAACUCAUUUGAGAGGAUUUCCGCUUUGGUUCCAGAAUGCUAUUCGGAAUAGUAUGGAGGAGUCGAUGCGGGUGGAAAAGAAUAAAUGA